CAUAUUAUUUAACAUGGUAUCAGAGCAAAGUUAAAGAUCUUGGUGUUCUUCGCCUUCCGGCGGGCGGCAACCUUGCCUUGACCGUCCGCCGGAUCUCAAAUCACCAGAAAUCCAGACCCAAUUUUGAGUCACAAAUUGUUGUUUGAUUCCAAGAUCUCAUCAUUAAUUUGCAAAGAGUCUGUCUGGUCUGGUGAUUGAAUAUUUGUACAGAAUGGGCAAGUGUAUAAGCUUGACAGCGUUGCAAAACCAACGCUACAGGCACUCCUUCGGCAAGGCAGGCCUCAAAUCAGUGACCACCGAUCUCGGUGACGGCACCGUCAUGCACUUCUGGAUUCCCAAGUCCCACAAACCCAACAAGCCCACUCUUCUCCUCAUCCACGGCAUCAACGCCAUGUGGCAGUGGAACCCGUUCAUAUCUCGAUUCUCCUCCAAAUUCAACGUCUACGUCCCUGGCCUGCUCUUCUUUGGCGACUCCUACACCACCCUGCCCGACAGGACCGAGGCAUUCCAGGCCCGUAGCAUCAUGCGGGCCAUGGAGGCAUACGGGGUGGCGCGGAGCAUGCUUGUGGUGGGACUGAGUUAUGGCGGAUUUGUUGGGUACAGCAUGGCGGCGCAGUUUCCGGAGGCGGUGGAGCGGCUGGUGAUAGGAGCUGCUGGGGUGUGCAUGGAGGAGAAGGACAUGGAAGAUGGGUUGUUCAAGGUCAAGAGUAUAGAUGAUGCCGCUACCAUAUUGUUGCCGCAGACCCCUGACAAGAUGAGGGAGUUGGUCCAACUCACGUUUUACAAGCCGCCCAAGAUCCUGCCUUCAUGCGUCCUCACCGAUUUCAUUCGAGUGAUGUGUACAGAAUACCUUGAAGAAAGAAAAGCAUUGAUCCGAGCAUUGCACCAGGACAGGAAACUCUCUGAUCUUCCCAGCAUAACCCAGCUUUUCUUUUUUUAUCACCCACCAACCCUUACUUUAAAACCACACUUUAUUUUUUUUAUUAUAAACCACACUUUUUGCAAAGCCCACGACACAGCUUUGCACAUGCCCUUUCUGAUAACAUUAUUUUUUCUUUAUUUUUUAUUUUUUAAUUCAAUCCACUCCCUCUCUCUCUCUCAUCCCUUUUUCUAUCCACUAAACCCACUUUCAUCAUUUCUCUGAUUCCAUUACAAGCAACCCACGUGAUUCUCUUCUUAUUAUUUCUUUCUUUUUUAUUUUUCUUUCACUUUAUUUUUCAUCUUUUUUUCAUUAUUA